GUCUUCAUGGUCGAUCUAGAAUUUAGACUAGAGUUAGAUAAAUGUCAAAUCUAUCGAUGUGUGAGCCGGGUAAAUAAAGGAGCAAGAGGCUUCGGGUCUCAUUGUUCCAUUACCGCAAAACAUCGUUACUCAUCGCAAAAUCAGCACCAUGGCAUGGCUUGGUACCAUUGCGAACAAUGUACUGCGAAACAUCGUCUUCUCGGAUGUCCCGCCGAAUGUCGUUCAAGAGGUUCGACCGGAACAGUACAGUAAUCGACGCAUACAUUCCCGUGAGGAUGGCAUCGUUCUCUAUGGGCCUGGUGAAAUAAAAAAUCAAGAUAAAUACGAAAUUGUGUUACAUAGACCUUGCACGGAGACUUUGCAUCAGGCGUACAGUUUAUUCCGAUCAGAAACUCUGGAAGAAGCGGAUGCACGAUUCUUAAUAUAUAAAGACAAAGUCCCUGUGCUCGUGCAGAUAGCACGUGAGAUAUGCAAUGUUGGAAAAAUUCAAAAGCUCUGCGACACUUUGGUGGAACAUCCGGCUUGGACUCUGGCGCAUCUAGCGGCCUACUUUGCACUUCACGAUGCUUUUAUGCACGCCGCUGUUAAUAGUCAGCUCAACAGUGGUGAUUUGGAGACUGGAAUUUCUCCUUUACAAGUCGCCAUACAGACCAACAAUUUGCGCACCGUCGAAUUGUUAAUAGCAUCCAAAAGUUCGCUAGAACACCUAGACCACAAUGCGAAUACGGUCUACCAUUACGCUGCUACAUCUACCAAAGAGAUCAUUCUUGCUCUGGGUUCGGGUCUUCCAAACAGUUUAAACAGCCGUAACAGCAACGGUCACACUCCCAUUCAUGUCGCGUGUCAAAAUGACAAGCCCGAGUGUGUCAAAGCGCUCUUGCUGAUUGGCGCCGACGUGAAUAUACCCGCUACUGAGGGCCAGCCCUCGAGUCCUGGCUACGUUGGCGAUUUUUUGCAUAACAAACCAAACGUGCUUCACGCGGAGGAUAUGAAGUUUGGAGGUACGCCAUUACAUUGGUCACGCAGUCGAGAGGUGAUCACAGCGUUGAUCGAUACUAACUGUGAUAUCGAUGCUCUCAACUUUGAAGGGCGCACCGCGUUGCACGUGAUGGUGAUGCGCAAACGACUCCCUUGUGUAGUCGCCUUGUUAAGCCAUAUGGCAUCCGUUAACAUUGUUGACAACGAUGGCAACACACCGCUACAUCUUGCCGUCGAGGCGGAGACUCUGGCUAUCGUACAGACGCUCAUUGGUUUUGGCGCCGAUAUCGACGCGCGGAAUUGGAAGUCGGAAACACCCAGACACAAGGCAAACAUCGAUACCACUGAAGGCAACAAGAUAAUCUAUUUGCUGCAUGCAGUGGGCGCAGAGAAAUGCCCGGCAGAAAUGACGGGCUGCCAUCUUGGUUGCAAAUACGGUGAAAAUUAUACGGGUAUCGCGCCAUCGGAACCUCCGCGAUAUGUGCCGCGUACAAUUCUCGAUCAAAUGCUUCAUGUAUCAAGCAUGGAGAAAAUGGCUGAGCAAGGACGUGAUAAGCGAAUCAAAGGUGGCAGGCUACUCUGUCUCGACGGCGGCGGUAUUCGUGGACUAGUGCUCAUACAGACACUGUUGGAAAUCGAAUCAGUGCUGCGGAAACCGGUAGUACACUGCUUCGAUUGGAUCGCUGGCACCUCUACUGGCGGCAUCUUGGCACUCGGUCUGGCCGCAGGCAAGUCCUUACGGGAAUGCCAGGCACUUUAUUUCCGUAUUAAAGAAGAUGCCUUCGUAGGCUCGCGACCCUACAACAGCGAAGGUCUCGAGAAGGUGCUGAAAGAAUGCCUCGGUACGUAUACAGUUAUGGCAGAUAUCGAUAAACCUAAAAUAAUGAUCACGGGUGUGCUCGCCGAUCGGAAGCCCGUGGAUCUUCAUUUGUUCCGUAACUACGAGUCACCCAGUGCCCUAUUGAAAGUGCCGGGAAAUACGAUGUUCAAGACAACAUUAUCGUCGCGGGAACAACUUCUCUGGAAGGCAGCAAGGGCGACCGGCGCGGCGCCAUCAUACUUUCGAGCAUUCGGCCGAUUUCUGGACGGCGGUUUGAUUGCCAAUAAUCCCACCUUAGAUGCCAUGACGGAAAUUCACGAAUAUAAUCUGGCGCUGAAGGCCACCGGUCGCGAGAAAGAGGCGAUACCGUUGUCCCUGGUGGUUUCCAUCGGCACGGGACUUAUGCCGACUACUGUUACGCUGAACGAAAUCGAUGUUUUCCGACCUGAGAGUCUCUGGGAUACCGCCAAACUUGCGUUCGGUAUCUCAGCACUGGGAACGCUAUUGGUCGAUCAAGCGACAGCCAGCGAUGGUCGGGUAGUCGAUCGCGCUCGUACUUGGUGUUCUAUGAUUGGUAUACCAUAUUACAGAUUCAAUCCACAAUUAACGGAGGAUGUAGCCAUGGAUGAGAAGAGCGACGAGAUUCUGGCGCAUAUGAUCUGGACCGCGAAAGCGUUUAUGCACGCGAAUCGAGAUCAAGUGAAGGAAUUGGCAGCUAUCAUUGAUCGUGAUACUAAUUUAGACAAUGAUUAAAAAGUCAUCGUCGCGCCAUGGAAAAGUACCUGGCUGUAGAAGUAUGUUGUAUACAGUAUCUAAUAUUUAUUAUAUUUCAAUGACUUGCCGCUGGUUCGGUUAAUUAUGUAGUUAGCCUAGCAAUUGUCUCACUCGUAGCAUGUAUAUUAUAGAUAUUACUUCACUGCUACUUGCCGUCUCGAUGAGUAUGAUAUACUAGUUUUGUUUCUUCGUAUAGGUAAUUACGUUUGUGAUAAUUAUAUUCGCGUUUUUUUCGUGUUUUUAAUUCACGAUUUAAUUUUUUAGCAAUAUAAUAAAUAG